UUUCAUUCACUUCAUCUCCCCUAUGCCUCAUCCAAAUAAGGUAAAAUGUGGAUACAUUUUCCCUUCUCUCCCUUCCUCCCCUAAAUUUUGUAUCCAAACCUGCAUCAAUGACACAAAGCUUUGUAGGUGGCUGGCUUGUUUAGUUGCUUGCUUUGCAUAGGCUAAACAAGACCCAGACUUUGAAACAAGGAACGAACUUGACAUCAUGCAAUUCCGCUAAUCGGGUCAACUAACUUCAACCACUUCCCUCUUUCAUUUGGACUUUUUCAGUUGUCAUAUUACUAGUUCAAAUCACUUUACCAAGGUAAUUAAUGAAUACGGACGGAGGUAGAAACUGGAAUCCAAAUUUUCCCAAGAAGCGGUGGAAGGGAGAUGCUUACGGUACCCCAAUCUGAAUCUGCACUUGAGCAAGCAGACCGCAGACGUGUCCACUGGCAGUGAUCUGCUUGACACAUAUGUACUCAAUGCUCACUGCACGUUGCAGUAGUCUCCCUCCCUCCCUCCCUCAGAUAGACAUCACUACACCAGUCCACUAUAUAUAUAAAAGAACAAAUAGCCUAAGCUAAGAACUUCAAACCAAUUCCACAAAAAGAGAGCCUGUUUUUUCAUUUUAGUGGCAUCCUCUAGUUUCACUACUUAGUUAACCGCUGCUAAGAAGAAGGUAGUACUAAGAAAAGAUGGAGACCAACGGGCGGCAGUUCCCAGCGCAAAGACAAGAGACUCAGCCUGGGCAACAGCAUGUCAUGGAUCCUGUACCUCAAACUGCUCGCUCUCAGUAUAAGCCUGCCAACAAGCUCCAGGGGAAAGUGGCUCUGGUGACAGGGGGAGACUCAGGGAUAGGGAAGGCAGUGUGCCAUUGCUUUGCUCAGGAAGGCGCAACUGUAGCUUUUACAUACGUCAAGGGCCGUGAGGACAAGGAUGCUAGGGAUACCAUUCAACUUAUCAAAAGUGUUAAGGGCUCCGGUGCUAAAGAACCUAUAGCUAUUGCUGCAGAUUUGGGGUAUGAUGAGAACUGUAAGGGGGUUGUUGAUGAGGUGGUUAAUGCCUUUGGGCGCAUAGAUAUCCUGGUCAAUAAUUGUGCUGAGCAAUAUGAACGCACAACUAUUGAGGAGAUUGAUGAGAAAAAGCUUGAGAGGGUGUUCAGGACUAACAUCUACUCCUAUUUCUUCGUCACAAGGCAUGCGCUGAAGCAUAUGGGAGAAGGGGCCAGCAUCAUCAAUACAACAUCAGUUGUCGCAUAUAAAGGCCAUCCUUCAUUACUGGACUACACCUCUACCAAAGGAGCAAUUGUGGCCUUCACUAGGGGCCUUGCUCUCCAGCUUGUGGAGAAGGGCAUUCGGGUCAACGGGAUAGCCCCAGGUCCUAUCUGGACUCCCCUGGUUCCAGCUUCAUUUAAGGAGGACGAGGUCAAGAGCUUUGGUUCGGAUGUUCCUAUGAAGAGGGCAGGGCAACCAAGUGAGGUUGCUCCUUCCUAUGUGUUCCUUGCUAGCAAUGCAGAUUCCUCUUACAUUACCGGGCAGACCAUCCAUCCUAAUGGUGGGGCUAUUGUGAAUGGCUAAGAGCUUGAGGAAUGGUGCUUGGUUUCUGGUAUCUUUGUAUGUAAACCAAAGUGAGGUAUAUAGAAGUAAUAGUUUGUAAGAGUGCAUCCAAGGUUAAGUUAAUGGACGUGGUCUGUUUCCUUUAGUUUUUUUUCAUUUCACUUUCUGUGUGCUAAGGGGGAGAGGGUGUGCCUUCUGAAAAUAUGUACCAACAAUGUACAUUUUGGUAAUAAAAGCUUUAGUUUUACUUGGUGCAAUAAAUUUUUCUAUAAUUAAGGCGAAUGCCUGUUGUUUUGUAAGCUUCACCACCAAUUCCAGCCAGUGUCAACAUCAGAGUGGAUCUGAAGAAGAAUAACCUGCCUCUGAGGCUUAAGAAUUUAUCUUAGGCAA